CCUCCUCCUCCUCCAUUCAUCAAGGUCGAGCAACUCCCCGAAGCAGCGAGUUCCCCUGUCUUGUCCUUGUGUCGGUGGAGGGGAGGAAUGAGUCAUGAGAUUGGAGGUCAGAUUACAAAAUAAAUAACGAUCUGAUCGCUCGCUGGCCAUGGCUCUGGACUUUUCUUUUAUUGGAAAAUGACAGACGCCGGCGAGGGGAAAUCGCCCUUCAGACCCCGCCGGAGUUACAAAUAACCUGGUCUCACCUCACAGUUUGUAAAACGACCCCAAUUCCCUGGUAAUUAUGGUGUAAAGACAGCGAAUAAUCGCCCCUAACACCAUCAGUAUCACUACCACUGGGUAACAUUCCGCCCCACCCCCCGACAAAUACACGUUAAGAGCGGGGAUCCCAUCAAUGCCUGAAUCGUUGGAAGUAACACCAGGGUUAUUUAUCGCUCGGUAUGGAACGACAAUAAAGUGACAAGAUGUCGGCAGGACAAGGUGUUCACUGUGGCUCCUCUCAGCUCAGCCCGAGACGCAGUACGUAGCCCCGUCCGAUCGAGUGUCACCCCCGGCUCGUACCGUGAGGAGGAGAGGCGGCCCGCCCGUGCGUAAAAUGUGGCCAUGGAGGAUGAAGAUGGCAGGUGUUUGCUGGAUGUUAUUUGUGAUCCUCAAGCGCUGAAUGACUUCCUGCAUGGAUCUAACAAGGUGCCGGGUCAGACAGCGUCAGCUGUUGAAGGCUUCAGCAGCCAGGUAUCAACGUCCACCACCUGCGUCGAAAUCUCCUUCCUGGAAGAUGACAUCUUGGGCUCACCGGCCAGCUCGGCUCAGGGUGUGGACGAGCCCUGCGACAUCCUGCAGCGGAGUCUGCAGGAGGCCAACAUCACGCAGCAGACCUUGCAGGAGGAAGCUGACCCGGCAGGCAGACUGCUGGCGCAGCCCUUCCCCCAGCCUCCCUCUGCUGCCCGGCCCAGAAAGCUCUCAGCAGGGCUGCCCACUGACCUCGGCGCUGCGUCCCAGCAGCCGCUUCCUGCCACCGUCGCACCCCAAACCCUGCGGCGGCGACCACUGAGCACCCACUUCGUCAAUGAAGGCAUCGGCGUGCCACAGUCGGUGCUGCCGGUCAGACCGAGCAGUGGGGCCCGUGCCCACACCACGUCCAAUGGCAGCCCCAGAGCCCCCGGCCUUGGGCAGCUCCAGAUGGUCAACCGGCAGCCCGGUCAAACUGCCGGGAUGUCCACUGGCCCGAAUCAUCAGCGGUCGAUCACCGAGCACAGUCCCUCUUCAGGGAGCUACGCCCCCGCCUCACCUUCGGAAGACCCAGUGCUCCCAAGGUCAUCCAUGUCUUUGUCCCAGCGGGGCAGCACCCUCCCCGGGAACUCGCUCUUCGCUAAUGCCAGCCUCUCGCAGUCGGCACAGCCAGUCACUGUGAUGGCAGCCACCAGUGGCCAGAGGUUGCGGGCCCCAGGACCCACUCAGAAUGUCACCCUGCACACAACUCCCCCUCCAGUUCAGCCAAAGCACUGUGUGAAUAUCCAACCCAAACCGGUCCAGAUAAGCCCCAAGCCCUCACUUAGCCCAACCUCCCCGGCCCUUCAGACUGCAUUGCAGAUCCAGAUGGAAGCCGUCCUGCAGCAGGAGGCUCCACAGAACCUGACCUUUGUGGCGGGCGGCCGGAGCAUCUGUGGGCGAGGCCAGGGCCACCCUGCCACCCUUGACUCCAGCCUGACGAGACAACAAACCCGGCCCAGCCUGGGCAAACCCCUGGGCAUCCAAGUUCUCAACUCGGGUGGCGGUCUGGUGACCCGGCCCCCCUCAGCUCCUCGGGCCGCUAUCCCGGGACGAAGCCAGUUUAUGUUGUCGGAGCACUUGGCCGGCACCUCAGCCUUCAGCAGAGCCCAGCAACUCUCGGCUGGUCAUGCUGGGGUUGCUGCUCGUGUCCUGGGCAGUCAGGGUCCACCUGCUCAGUUAGGCACCAGACAGUCCUUGCCUGCGCAGAUCCUGACUGGCCAAAACGUGGCAGGGGACUUGACCAGCUUCGGCCAGGUGUUUGCAACACCCAACGCACAGCUGGCACUCGGCCAUGGAAGGGCUCGCCUUCUGCCUGGGCCUCUGCAGCUGCAGGCCACUCAGCUGGCUCCGUCCACACUGCUCCAGGUGCCCGCCCAUCUGAGCACUGGCUUUGCACAGCCACGUUCGUCAGGUCAACGUGCUAAAACUGUGGCGCAGGUCUACUCGCUCCUGAAUCAGACAACUGUGCUCAACAACACGGGCCCUGUGGGACAAGGCGGGAACCUCCAGCAGUUGAGCACCAUCUCCUCCAAGAGCAGUGCCGUGCAGCCACAGACUUCCACUGAUGCACCGUGUCUCAGGCUGCUGCAGGCUCACACACCAGCCCAGUCUCCGUUCCAACUGAUGGACACCCAGCAUCCUCCCUCCCUCUCAGUCACUGCCCCACCAACCAGCCACACCGCAGCUGAAAAUACCAGUAAACUCAUCAACCAGCAAGAUGGGAGAUCGGCACUCAAUGCCGACCAGCUCCUGCUCUUCCGACAGAAAGAGCAGAAGCAGCAACUCCUUUACCAACAAGCCUUGAAGCUGCAGCAGGAGAAAGGCCUGUCCUUGACAUCUUCCGGCGGCUUGUCGGUGCCGGUCACUGCUGACAGUGUCCCGACGUCUGUCAUCACCGGUAGUGGGAGCGGAACUGCAGCACAAGCCAAGGCCAACCUUGUGCCAGCAAACACUGUUCGAAAGGAACCCAAAAACCAACCAGUAUUACCUCAGGCUCAGUCCAGCCACUUCCUGCCAGCUUUGGCAAGCCAGGCAGCGCCUGGUAUGAUCACCGACCUCACAGGCUUGAAUGUCGCUCUAAGUAAGGUGCCAAUCCAAUUUCAAAAGGUUGGGAAAGGGAUUACCCAUAUUACAUCAGCAGGGAACACACAGUCAGUGCUGCCUGAAGAACCAGUUGGGAGUUUGAAGCAAUCUGCAGGGACCAUUCUAAACAAGGCAGACUUGUUACUUGAAAGAUUCUGCAAGGACCAGACCUCAGUUAUGCAGCCCGAUUGUAACACUCCAUUUCAUUCCUUUGAGGACACUGUUUUCAGACUCCUGCCCUAUCACGUAUGCAAGGGGACAAUGCCAUCUAACGUGGAUUUUAACAAAGUUGAUGAAGAGUUUGAGGUGGUGUCAAAGAAACUUCUCAAACAAACCCAGGCCAUGCUGAACAAAUAUCGUAUGCUGCUCUUCGAAGAGUCCAGGAGGACAAAGCCCUCCGCUGAGAUGGUGAUGAUCGAUCGGAUGUUCAUUCAGGAGGAAAAGGUGGCUUUCCUUGAAGCUAAACAACUGGCCAGGGACAGUCCUGAUGCAUAUAUUUCGUCAGUUUUCCAACCAGACAUUACGAACUCUCCGCCAACUUCCACUUGCCUUCUUGUUGCUCCUAAUGAGUUUGUUCAAAGUACAACGCCGAUCACUGCCACCAAGCUGGUUAUCAAGCAGGCCAGGAGCUGGCCUUCUGACACCUGUGCAACAGGCUCGCUGGCAGGAGAGGUGGAGGACACAGUUGCCUCCAGCCGGCCCAGCCCUAUGAAGACGUACACUGCCGGUACCAGAGGUGGACUCAGACUGAAGAUUAAGCAGGAAGCAGGUUACAGCAAGGUUGUCCACAACACAGCUUUGGACCAGCUGUCUGUGGAUCCAGCCACAUUGUGCUCAGGGUCCAGAGGCUCCAGCACAAGUCCCUUCAAUCACAGUAGCAGAGUUUGUGAUUGCACCGUCUCGUCUGCAGCUGAGACACAGCUGUUGGAACAUCUGGACUCCAGAGGUACAUUGGAACUUGCGAAAGGUGAAAGGAAUAGCCAUCGUAGUUGCAGUCCCAAUGGGGGAUCUGAUCCAGCCAGGACAUCCCUGCCGCAGCACAGUGCUAUGUGUGAACUGGGAGGCAGCUCAUGUUCACUGGGCACUGGAGCUCAACACUUGAGUUCCAACAGCAGGACUGCAGCCAGUGGCUGGCGGGACUUGAAGCAGGGCAGUGCCGAGGGACGACUGGGGGAGAGGAGCGAUGACAGCACCAGCAAACUGAUGAAGGAACUGGCAGAGGUUGAGAAUGCCAUCACACAGGGUCUGACUAAGGCGGGCUCUGUUGGCGACCUGCACUGGGAGUUGCCUCUCCCUCAGCCCAAACGCCGCAAGUCGGACUCGGUGGACAACGCCAGCUUCUCCAGUGACAGCCCCCAGGACAGCGCACUGAAUCACCACCUGCAGAGUGCCAUCAACAGCAUCCUGGACUUACAGAGGCUCCAGACGUCAGAGGAAGAGCAGUCCAUGGCUGAGCCUCCUGAGUCAGCAGAGCUGAGCAUCUCUCUGUUCUCCCCUGAGGCUUCCUCGGGAGGCUUCAUGCAACCAGGACAACAAGGGAGCUUUGUUGGAGCUGGGACCUCCACUUUGGAAGAAGCAGUAAACAGUAUUUUAAGUGACUAGGAAGACACUGGAACAGAGGAAUACGCUGGAAACGAGGCUUUAUUUUAAAAGAUAGCACGUGUCUUUUGCCUUGAGUGCAGAAAGCAGGAAUUUAACAGUCCCUUGGACAGUGCCUACACAGAUUAUUGUAUAAUACCAGUUGUGCAGAAGGAAGUCAAGCUGUAGAUAAAGCAGCUGACACCUACACAACCAGUUUUGUACAGUAACAAUAUUUAUUAACAUUGAAGACUUGCAGACAAAUCAGAUGGUUUCAAUUCAAAAAGUGUUAUGCAAAGAGCAGAGUGGUCAGGUGGAGAACUUUAUCGAUCACUGGUUCACUCAUCUCUGUUGUAGAUUGAGCCCUGAUUGUUGUAGCCCUGUGUUUCUCGCUGCCUUUAACAUAUACCCUCAUGACCAGGGUUUCCAAUCAUGUAUUAGUCGGUACCAUUGUCCAAGAUUUUCACAAUUCUUCCUCCCUCAAGAGACAAGUUCCCAGGAGUUUUCUGUCACAGAUUGGCAGGAUCUAGUUCAUCAGUUCUGAAGUUGUUAAGAUGCUAGGUUUCUAAACUUAAGUUGUCAAAUCAUUUUAAAAUGUCCUCAGAGCUUGUAUGAACAGAAGAUAGUUCUUUGCUGAUGAAGAUUCUGUCCAUAGGAGUUAUGAAUCAAUCAUUUAUGAAGACUAAAAAUUCUUCUUAAUCUGGAAUUGUUGCAAAAACACAUUAUUUUUAGAAUAUAUUUCUUUGAAUGAAUUUCCUCCACUGAUCUACGUUUCAAAGUAUUUUUAAAAUCAGAACUGUCUUGCACUUUUUCAGGGACCAUGUCACCUUGAUAUAAACCAGAAGUGUUUGCUUUACUUACAGUUUUAUAACUUUGACAUUGGGUUUGGUAGCUUUAAUCCAUGAUCUGCUAACCGCAGAAGCAUCUCUCUAGAACAAGCCUUCGACGUAGUAUUUUGUGAAUUAGUGAACUCCCGAGUUGGCACUGUUACCAAGCACAGUUUGAGAAAGAACACACUUUUACCUUCCUUGAGUCAGAGUAAGAAUACUAUUUUUUAUGAUUGCCAUUGAAUAUUUAAAGCUGAAGAAAUUCCUAGUGGCAUCAAACUGUAUUCUUGGUAAAGCUACACUCUGCAAUAAAACUAUGCUUCAAUUCUUACAGAUUUAUUAACAUUUUGAGGACCAGCAAGUCAGAGAAAGCAGACAGUUCUGAAUCAAAAGUUGCUUCCUGAUCCCUUGUUACCUUUAAUUUGGUCAGUGAUGUUGAUUGGUCCUCACCUGGUGUUAAAGGUCAGAAGGAACAUCAGUGAGUUCAGGGCUCCUUCAAAACAUAGACAUGGAACAUCCUCAGACUAGGGUCAACGCAGUCCCAUCCAUGCAGUUUGUAGGGUGUCCAAGAGUCAGUGUUUUUCAGCCAGUGAACCCCUUGGAAUGUGGGAAUCAGGAUCCAAAGGUGUAAAUUGGAAUUCAGCUGCCGCUGUGGUUUGGACUAGGAUGGAGGUAGCUCACCCUAUCAUCCCACAGGUGGGGAGAGAGAGGGGACCAAUCAAGGAAAGUACUGGAUUAUGUUUGUGGGCUUGGAGAAGCAGGAAUGAUCAACCGUAACUGUGCAGACUGCCUCCUUGGUUCUUCCUGCUGAUGCAUGGCGAGAGCUUAGUGAAUGUGGAGGUGGUGUUGGGAGCACUGCAGUUUGCCUGGGAGAAUGAGAUGAGGCAGGAAGCUCCCAAUCACAGGCCUGUGGUGGGGUACCAUUUCGUUCAUUGCUUCAGCUUCACUAUCAGACAAAUCACAUGGACCCCAUCCUCUGCUGUUCUUAAAGCAGUCCUGAUAUUUGAUGCUGAGUGAAAUGGAGGUAACCCCAUUUUAAGUCUCACUGAAAGAUGUUUUCUGUGGUGGGAAAGACAAAAUAUGCAAAUUUUGGAACUUAAAAUUAAAAAAAGAAAAUGCUAGAAGUACUCAGCAGAUCAGGCAGCAUCAGUGAAGAGAGAAACAGAGUUAACAUUUUUGGGUCAGAAUACUUCCAGCAUUUUGAGUUUUAAUUUCUGGGCUAGAAACUCACCUUUGGCCAUGAGUGGUGACAAGAUGCCUCGGUAUCUGCUAACAAACAUAAGUCUUUCAGCAUGGACAUCAGUGGGAUUGAAUGUUGGGAAGGAGGAUAAGGGUCUGUCAACAUCUGGGAGCCUCAGUGAGUGUUUGUGAUCACAAAGGCCUACUUCGACCUCCCCCUUUGUAGAGAUUCCCACAGCCCACACUGAUGUGUUUCUGUACAUACCUCACUAACAGAAGCUCAAAGCUCUUUGUAAAGAACAAACAUCAUUUUUGCCCCACAUGGGGAACUCAGUGUUCCCCACGAAACAGUCCCAUCCUUUCAGGAUCUCAGGACAUCCAUCAAGUAUGUUUGAGGUGUGUUCACUGUAAUAAUGCAGAGACCGCACCAGCUCACUCGUUGCAACAGAGCAAACUCUCAUUGUGUCAAUGAGAUCGGCAGCAGAUACUCUACUUUUGUGAUGUUGGUUGAGGGAAGCAUAUUGGCCAGGAUGUUGGGAGGACCAGGCCACACAGGCCUCAGGCAGACCCAGUGUAACAUCUCUUCUGGAGAGCACUCCUCAGAGAGGACUCAGCCCACAUUUUGUGCCGAGCUCUGAGUGGGGUUGGAACUCUGCCUCAACCCAGAGUGAACCAUUCAGUCACUGCCAACUCUCCGCAGAUGCUGACGACUUGCUGGGUCUUCAUUCCUACCCCAGAAUACCUGACUCCUUCCAAUUAAAGACAUGAUUAAGCAAACACGAAGAACUGCAGAGUAAGCUGCCUGCCCUCGCCCGAAGCUGUCCACUGCAUAUUCCAGCAGAGAGCAGCAGCACAAUUCCUUCAUUAUACAUUGGAAAAAGAUCUGCUUUGGUUUUCAGAAGUUCCCAAGCUUGUUUAGGACAAAACAGACUACUGAUGGAUCAAAACAUUAUGAUGCUGAAGGAACUCAGCAGGCUAGGCAGCAUCUGUGGAGAAAAGCAGGCCGUCAACAUUUUGGGUCAGGACCCUUUUUCAGGACUGAAGAUAGGAAAAGGGGAAGCCCAACAUAUAGGAGGGAAAAGCAGAGCACUCAGAGGACAAAAGAGAGGAGGUGGGGUGGGCAUAAGGUGGUGAUAGGUAGAUGCAGGUAAGAGAUAGGGGUAGGAUACUGAUGGAUAGUUUGAAGGACACAUUCUGAUUGUAACUUCAAGUGUGUUCUUGUAACAAUGUUUUGUUUCCAGGUGGAGACUGCACCAGGUUUGUGACAGAGUGUUGACUCAGUAUUAAUGCACAUGCUCUGGUAUGGGAAGGACCAGACCCACGCUGAGUGGGAUGGGGGAAUUCAGGCAGCAGUGUCCACUUCCGCCAAACCUUGGGCUGGGAUGCAGCCUGCAGGAGGCUCGGCAGCAAUGUCUCAUACAAUGUCGCAAAGGAGGCCAUUCAGCCCAUCGAGUCUAUGCUGGCUCUAGCAAUCCUAGCAGUCUCAUCUUCCCACUUCUUUCCCUGUAACCCAUUCUCUCCCACAUGCCCACUUUAGGAGGCCACUCACCUUAACAGAGGAGGCUAUAGUGCCUGUGCUAGCUAGUUAACUAAAAACCACUCACUCUUCCAUACACAGAACUUUUCCCUUCAGGCUUAAGUCCCCUAAAGUUGAUGUUGAAUUUCUUGACACUGCACUUUCAGACAGGGCAAUCCAUUUCAUAAAAGCUUUAUGUUGGAUAAAGUCUCCUCAAAACCUCCUCUUAUGCUCCUUCCCAUGUCCAGGCUUUUCACUGAAGGGAUAUCAUAGCUUGGACAUUGUAUUCAAUGCACAUUCAAGGUAUGUUCUCUGGUUCAAAACACUGGUUCAAAAUGCUGCAACCUUGCGUGAAUGAUUUUGUGUGUGUGUGUGUGUGUGUGUUUUUAUAUAAGUAGCUGUAGCAGGUAAACAAGAUUAUUUUACAGUUUUGCACUGGUGAAACUAGAUCAUACAAUUUCUACCUUCUGUUUAAUGCCUCUCUUGAGUGUUGCUCAGCAGUGUAUCACUGUGAAGCAUAGUUUAUGUUUAAAUGUGUGGCUGUGUCCUGGGACACUCUGUAUUUUCAUUUGUACUUUUGCCUUCCAGAGUGUCAGUAUUCUGUUAUAGCUUGAGUGAGCUGUCACAAACAUGGAAAUUGCUAAAUCUUCAGGUAAUGAGUUUGUGUGUUGGUGGUUAAUUCCUCCAGUGCAUAUUGAGCCAUAAAAUCGCGAUCGUUGUGUGUAUAUGAUGAGUACAUUUUAUUACUUUGUACAGUGAGGUUAGUCUUUUCAGCCAUGUCAGGGGCCUUACUUGAAUUCCAUGGGAUUGUCAAUAUUGUCAAUAAUAUGUGAACAGAA